AUGCUCCAGAACGAUCCGACGUCCCCCGUGAGCCCGCUCGCCGCCUACCCGCCCCUCCCCCCCGCGGAGUCCCGCACCCGCGCACCUGAGUUCUACGGCUUCGUCGCAUGGUCCUCCUCUUCCCUCUUGUUUGUCCUCUACCUCCUCUGGGCCCUCCUCCCAGACAGCUAUCUCCUCCGCCUGGGCAUCUCCUGGUAUCCCAACAGAGAAUGGGCCGUCCUCCUCCCCGCAUACUCCAUCGUUCUCGUCCUCUUGACCUACUUCACCUACUUUGCCCUCGCACUGGCACACACCCCAGCCUUCUCCCAUAUCAGCACGAUAACAGACUCCAGGGCGCAUCUUCCUCCCCCAGAUGUCCCCAGUCCCUAUCUCGCCCAUGCGCAUCCCAACGCCAUCCCAGAGAUGUACGAUAUUCCGAUCGGGCUCGUCAACCGCGUCAUUUACGGUCCCCGCACCCCCCCUGCCGAACUCCCGCCUGCAGGCCGUCCGCACUAG